AUGCCAGCAGGAGACCACGCAUUUCUCUUCGACAUCCCACUCCCAAGCAAGAUUCUCGGAACAAUCACCGGCCCAAACCACCAGUACCACACAUACCGCGUCGACGCCAUCGUCGAGCGACGUCUCAAGCCCGACCUCGUCGUCUCCCAACCAAUCAGGAUCUACCAGGUCUCCGACCUGGAGACGAGCUAUCUAAGACCGCAUUGUCCAUUGGUCAGUCCGAUGCUUGAAGGCCACUCGAGCCAGGAUAUUCAGUAUUGCAUAUCCAUCGCUGACCGGAAUGUUCCUUUUGGAUGCACAUUUCCAAUCGAGUGCUGGUUUGCACCGCUGGUGAAAGGUGCAAAGCUGAGUACUGUUACCGUUGAGGUGAUUGAGAAACAGACUGCGCAGUUGGAGGCGACUGCGGCAGAAUCGGUGCGGCAUAAUGUGCGGUUUAUCACUGCGGCUCAAACUCAAAUCGUCUUCUGCAAGACCAUCGAUUUCUCCGGGGAGCAGGAGGUGUCUGGGGAUGAGUUCUCGGAGAUUGAGUGGCGCUUUGCCACGUCGGUUUGUUUACCCCGGAGUAUGGAUGCUUGUUCGCAGAGUAUCGCCACAAAGCAUGUCAAGAUUGCCCAUGAGCUGAGGGUUACGGCGGAGUUCAGGGAUGAGAGCGGGAAUGUGGUGGCUAAGGUACGUGUUUGGUUUCCCGGGUACUUAGAGCUUGUUUCUGACGGAAAUCAGGUUGCGGAAGUUCUGCCAUUCAAGAUUCAUAUGACGCCGAAUGUGGGUGGUGAGGAUCAGUCUGUUCAGCAAGUCAUUCAACGCGUGCAUGAGACCCGGUGUCCACCUCCGGCAUAUAGUGAUCAUUUCUCGGAUUUGAUAGUGCCUGUGGCCAAUCAGCUGCAUCUUUUCGAAGAUCCGUUGCUUGCGGAGAUCCAUUCUGCGCGCUCAUCGGGCGAAGGAAGCAGUAUGGAUGGCGUGGAUCCUUCUCCCCGAUACGAGGAAACUGUAUAG